CCCAACAUGGAAGAAUGCGAGACUUGCUCCCGUCAAUUCGGAAGCUACUCAGCUGCCGCCCAGCACAUGAACGCCCUCAAUCACUGGAAGGUCCACGAGUGCGAGACGUGCAACUUCUCUUCCAUUCACGAGGAUAGGGUGGACCAGCAUAUGGACGAAUACGGCCAUUGGGGUCCCAAAUACGGCUGCGAAGCAUGUAGCAAAAAGUAUUAUACUAAACAGCAAGCCCGAGAUCACAUGGACAGGCGCGACCACUGGCGUCUGAACUGGUGCGAUGCAUGCGAGCGUGGCUUCCAAAAUGCAAAUAAUCUGAGAACGCAUCUCAAUAGCUCCGCACACCAAGCUGGAAGCAUUUCCUGCCCCUUUUGCAAGAAACCUCAUACUACGGCAAGCGGCGUAGUGCACCACGUCGAGACCGGCUCCUGCCCACGCGCGCCGCAAGUGAACCGCGAGUUCAUUUACAAGAUGAUCAACCAACGCGACACCACGGGAGUCAUCACCAACAAGCAAAUCGCCUGGCACGGCGAAGACAACUCCGAAUCCAUCGCCACCGCCGCGAGCUGGAAUGGCCAUGGCUAUCAGUGCGGUCUUUGCUCCAGGUCGUACAGUGCGCUCCGGUCACUGAACCAACACCUGAGCUCACCGGCUCACAAGCAAAACAUCUAUCACUGCCCUGGCCGAGGAUGUGGAAAGCAAUUCAAAGCUCUGGCGCCUCUGGUUAACCACAUGGAGAGCGAGAGUUGUGGAGUCAUGAAGUUUCAGAGAGUUCAACAGACCAUGACUGGUGUUUUGACUGGGCAGAGAAUGCUUACUUUCUAGCCUACUGAACGAGCUCUUGGUACAUACAUCUCACAGAAUUGACCGAUCAACAUGAACAUGGUAACAAGUGUUGAGCGGCUGAUAGAGACUGGUAGAAACGACGGGAAAUGGCAAAUCCCCUUGUGAAGACACUUUGUUGAUUUCCACGAGCGAAGCCGAGGUAAAUCCGAAGUGAAGUUGACUUUGGACGCAAACAUCAAAGGGUACGAAUGCACAUCUCCGACACGUGAGAAGUGACUGCAAGAGCGAUACAUCGACAAGAGUCACGAGUUGACUAUCUUUGUGCCGUUCCAAAACACUCGCUACAAUCCAGCUCUAUGCACGCUAUACAUAUGUAUUCUCUG